AAGUACUUCGAAGGGAGGGCUUACGUACGGUUUUAUGGAUUCAUUGCAAAUCAUCCCAGGGGGAUUGGAGUUUGUUUUCGGAUGAGCUUUGCUGGAGAUUUUCAGAAACUAUUGAGGAAGAAUCCCAAAAUGAUGAUGAUUCUAAGUCUUCUCAAUUGGGGAUUAAGCUGAACUUGUUUGAUUCAAAUAGUCAGGUGUCCGAGGUAAGUGAAAGCGGUGUGUCAAUGAUACUUUUGGGUGGGUCAAAUGCUCAAAAUUGUGAAAUCCCAACUGAAUCUAGGAGGUCAGAGAGGCUGCAACUUGAAAAUGAUAGCUCGAAGUCUCUUCAUAUGGAUGCGAAGCUUAACUCGGCUUAUAUAAACUAUCAGACCGAUGUCAUCACUGAUGUUGAUGAGUGCAGUGGAAGGAUGGUAGAGAAAAUGAGAUUCGAUCUUGUCACUAAGGCUUCUAAUGGGGCUUUUGAGAGGCGCAUUUCUAGUAUGAGGGGUUCUGAUGUGAGCACGAUUGAAAAUGAUAUCAAUGCAGAAUCUAUUCCUGGGCAUGGUGUCAAGGAAAAGCCUUUUGUACCUCCAUAUGACAAUGUUAUCAAAAAAUCUGAAGUUACUUAUACAGUCAAAGAAUCUGUCGGUAGAAGAAAUAUUUGUCAAAAUUCUUCCAGCGACAGUAUGGAGGUUCCAGAAUCAGUAAGUUUGACUCAAUUGGGAAAAUCAUGGUAGUUCCAUGGUUGUAGCAAAGGGAGAGAAACAUAAUUUUCCAAAUGGCCAAAAGAAUGAUGAUAGAGAAUUGCGAGUGGAACCACAGGUGGGGUCGGAGUUUGAUUCGACAGAAGUUGCACAGGAGUUCUACGAUGCUUGUGCCACCUUACACUAUCUACUUAAUCCAAGGAUGGUGAAGAGAAUGAGGCGGCUACUAACUUAAAGAAGACAUCCCAUCUUUGAACCUUGAGGACAAGGUUAAUUUAAGGGGAAGGGAUGUCAUGGGUUGGACCCUUUAGUUUAUUUUGUUUAAGUGGGCUAGCCCAGUCUCAUUAGGGUUGUUGUUUGGGUCUAUAUGUAGCUGUAUGCGUGCAUUUGGAAGGGUGUCGAAUGUUGAAUUGAUCGUGGUGGUUUGCUACCGUCUACCUCCCCUCUUCCUCUUCUUUGGUUCUUCCAAUUCUUCUUCUUCUUCUCUAUUUUCUACAUUUCUCACCCCUCUGGUAAGCUCUUUUCUUGCUUCUCCUCUUCUUCUCUGUUUCUCCAGCUUUCUUCUUCUCCAUUCUUCUGCUCUCUUCUUCUACUCUUAGUCUAUUCUUCACUCCCCUUCCCUGCAGGUCUAUUUCUAUAUCUUUUAUAUUUGUCUUUUAAUUGCAAUCCAUUGUAAUCAACUGCAUUGUAAUUGAAUCAUCAAUUAAUGAAAUGAAUGGCUGAUUUUGGAUUGGAAAUUAACUGAUUAUUGUUAGUAAUUUCAGUUUAUGUUCUCACUUCGAGCAAUUACAAUAUAUAUUCUGUAUCUUGUGUCUAUGCUGCUGGUUAUCUUGUGUUUAUUGUUGCUGGUUAUUGGUUGAAUAUUACUGCAAUUGAACUCCCCUGGUUAUUGAUUAUUGGUUGCUUAUUGGUUGAGUUUUGGUGGAAGUUGAAGCCCAACCGAUUCUUCUUCUUCUUCUCUAUUUUCUGCAUUUCUCUCCCCUCUGGUAAGCUCUUUUCUUGCUUCUCCUCUUCUUCUCCGUUUUUCCAGCUUUCUACUUCUCCGUUCUUCUGCUCUCUUCUUCUACUCUUAGUCUAUUCUUCACUUCCUUCCCUGCAGGUCUAUUUCUAUAUCUUUUAUAUUUGUUUUUUAAUUGCAAUCCAUUGUAAUCAACUCCAUUGUAAUUGAAUCAUCAAUUAAUGGAAUGAAUGGCUGAUUUUGGAUUGGAAAUUAACUGAUUAUUUUUAGUAAUUUCAGUGUAUGUUCUCACUUUGAGCAAUUACAAUAUAUAUUCUGUAUCUUGUGUCCAUGCAGCUGGUUAUCUUGUGUUUAUUGCUGCUGGCUAUUGGUUGAAUAUUACUGCAAUUGAACUCCCCUGGUUAUUGAUUAUUGGUUGCUUAUUGGUUAUUGGUUGAGUUUUGGUGGAAGUUGAAGCCCAACCAUAACAAACUCGAAGAGGAACCGAUCUCUAUGUCUAUUGUGUAGUUCUGUGUAAUACUCCGCUUUUGUUUCCUUUUUCUAUUGCUCUGUGUCUGUGAGACUGGAAGUGAUUCUAGACUUGCAUAAUGAAUUCCAUCUCAAAAAAAUUAUGUGCUAUUCCCAUUUGUUUUGUGGAGCAGAUAAAUCACGCCUUAAUAACCUCCUGUUAAGAGAUUUUUUGGCGGCUAAAUGCAUUAUUUGUCAAUUUCUCUGCUCCAUGCUUCAUGUUUCCCUUUGUUGGUAGGGAGAGGGGUUUAAAGAGGACCAGAUCUGUCAGAUUUUCCAUAUCAAAUUCCUUGAUUAUUGAAUUUCCGAAUUUUAUGGAGGUUUCUUUUUUGGCAGCUCCUAGCUAUUAAGCAAUUGGAUAGGAAUGGGCUUCAGAUCAAUCAUUGCCUAGUAAUUGCACUGAGUUUCGGUAUAGCAAUUUUUCCUCCAGUUAUGGAAAUGGAAUUGAGAGCUUGCACUUGGGUUUGACAAUCAACCAAACAACACUUAAGCUGUGAGAAAAAGAGGUAAUAUCUUUCUAUUUUAGCAUUUGAAUGCAUAAAUAAAUGUAGGAUUUUUUAUAUAUGAGAUCAAGUCAAUGAUUAAGUACAUUUGGCUGGAAAUUUGUUCAUCCUUGUGUAAAAUGAAUUUGAUAUGUUAUGAGUCCAAAUGAACAGAAGUGAUAGCUCUAUUUUGCAGGACAAAAAGAUUCAUUUAGGCAACCAAGAGUUCGAUCAGAAUAAAACUUAGCUUGUUAUUUGUUGUUAUUGUGGUGUUCUUGGAUUAGAUGAUAGUGACUAGUGAGAAGUUUUCCUCUUAUCAUUUAUUUGGAAGCACAAAGCCUAAAUCAGGAUUAGAUGAUAGCUUACCCAGGUUAUUGAGAAUAAGUAUUGAUAUAUAUAUAUUUUUUUA